AUGCAGCUGCGCCACUUGACGUCGCUGCUGCAGGCGACGGAGGGCAUGUGCAAGGUCACGGCCAUCGCGUUCUCGCCUAAUAACCGGCGACUCGCUGUCGUUACCGUGGACCGUGUUGUGCACCUGUUCGACGCGCAGACUGGGGAGCGCAAGGACAAGUUCUCGACCAAGCCGGCGGACAAGGGCGACAAGAACUACAUCGUUCGUGCGCUUGAGUUCUCGCCGGACUCGACCAAGCUCGCGGUGGCCCAGAGCGACAACAUCGUCUUCGUCUACAAGAUUGGUCUCGAGUUCGGAGACAAGAAGAGCAUCUGCAACAAGUUCGCUCAGCCCAGCUCCGUAACGGCGCUCACGUGGCCAAGCACCCACCCGAACGAAAUCGUCUUCGGUCUGGCCGAUGGCAAGGUGAAGAUCGGGCAAUUGCGCAGUAACAAGCCGGCUACGCUGUAUGCUUCUGGGUCGUACGUGUCCCGAGUGUGCAGCAACCCCGAGGGAACUGCAAUCCUUUCGGCACACUACGACGGCGCUAUUUACCGUUUCAUCUUCGACGAUGUCACUGGAGGACCGACGCACGCGAAGCUUGUGGUGCACUCCUGUGUCCCUUAUGCACUUUCGUGGGGAGAAAGUAUCGUAGCUGCGGGCAAUGACCGUCGCGUGUCGUUCUACGACAAGGACGGAGCUCAGCUUCGCACGUUUGACUACUCGGCGGAUGAAAAGUGCGGUGAGUUCACCUGCAGUGUGUUCAAUCCGACGGGCGAAUCUGUGGUCGUGGGCAACUUUGACUCGUUCUACACGUUUAACUUCCAGCACAAAACGGAAUCCUGGGAGCUUGUGGGAUCGAAGAGUAUUCCCAACCUCUACUCGGUCACUGCGCUCGCAUGGAAACAUGACGGGAGUCGUUUAGCUGUGGGCUCCGUCUGUGGCGCGUUGGAUCUGUAUGAUGCCUGCGUUCGUCGCUAUCGCUACAAAGGCAAAUUCGAGUUUACCUACGUAUCUCUAAGCCAGGUGAUCGUCAAGCGACUCGCUACGGGGGCUCGCGUCGUGGUGCGUUCCGCGUUCGGAUGUGAGAUCACGAAGCUUAACGUGUUCCAAGAUCGAUUUUUGGUCGGUAAUACGACAAACACGCUUAUUGUCGGAGACCUCGACACUUCGCGCAUUAGCGAGGUGCAAUGGCAGUCGACUGGAGCCGAGAAAUACAUGCUGGACAACGAGAGCGUCUGCAUCGUGUACCAAGCGGGUGAGCUGUCCCUCAUCGAGUAUGGACAGAAUGAGCUCUUAGGGUCCGUGAGGACGGAGCACCUGAACACGCACUUGCUUAGUGUGCGGAUUAACGAGCGGCCUCCGCUCCCAAUGCCACAAGAUGGGGGUGACCCGAUGCCACCCCAGGAGAACAAGAAAAUUGCGUACUUGCUGGAUCUGCAGACGAUCUGCAUCACCGACCUUCAUGCCCGUGCUGCCUCGACGGUCAACCACGACUCCCGUGUAGAUUGGCUCGAGCUAAACUCACGUGGAAACUUGCUCCUGUUCCGUGAUAAGCGACGCCAGCUUCACCUCUUCGAUCUCGACACCCAGAAGCGUAGCACACUGCUUAACUACUGCAACUACGUGCAGUGGGUGCCUGAAUCGGACGUGGUCGUCGCGCAGAAUCGUAAUAACCUGUCUGUCUGGUACAAUAUUCGCUCGCCUGAUAAAGCCACCAUUUACCAGAUCAAGGGCGAUGUCGAGCAGAUUGAGCGUGGCAAUGGACGCACCGAAGUGAUCGUGGAUGAAGGCAUGAAUACUGCGUCAUACCAGCUUGAUGAGUCACUCAUUGCAUUUGGAGCUGCGGUGGACGAUGGACAACUCGUCAAUGCGAUGUCCAUCCUAGAGCCCCUAGAGCUCACUCCUGAGACCGAGGCGAUGUGGAGUCAAUUGAGUCAGGAAGCGUUGGCGCAGAAUGACCAUCGCAUCGCUGAGCGCUGCGCCGCUGCUCUAGGAGAUGUUGCGCGUUCACGAUACCUUCGCAAGCUCAACAAGCUCGACUGGCAGGAGAAGGACCGCCUCAAUGGGCUCGCUCACUGGAAAGUGCGGGCAAAGCUUGCUGUACUUAAGAAUGACUACCGCAGCGCGGAGCACUUGCUGCUAGCUCAGGGCCAAGUGGACGAGGCCAUCGAGAUGUAUCAGCACUUGCACAAGUGGGAAGAUGCCAUUCGAGUGGCUGAAGCAAAGAACCACGCGGAGUGUGAGCAGAUGAAGAGGAGCUACUACGAUUACCUCGUCGAGUCUCGACAGGAAGAAAAGGCUGCAGCAGUCAAGGUCAAGGACGGCGACUACGCGAGUGCAGUGAGUCUGUACCUGAAGGGUGGUCUACCUGCAAAGGCUGCACAGUUGUUAAAUCAGCGAAACCUUGGUCGUGACCACAAGCAACUCCUGGAGACCGUGGCCGAUGCGCUGUACUCGGCGGGCAUGUUCGAGAAGGCUGGCGACCAGUUUGAGAAGAUGGAGCAGGAGAGCCGAGCGCUGGCUGCGUUCAUCAAGGCUAACGCCUUCCGCAAGGCUGUUGAGCUUUCGCGAAAGCACUUCCCGGACAAGGUUCUGCGUCUUGAGGAAGCCUGGGGUGACUACCUUGUAUCCCAGAAGCAAAUGGACAUGGCUAUCAACCACUACAUCGAGGGUAACGUACCUACGAAGGCCGUUGAGGCCGCGUUAAACUCGCGGCAGUGGGCUAAGGCCAGCCAGCUCGUUGAGAAUUUGGAGGACGACGUCUCACUGCCGUACUAUCGGCGACUCGCUCGCCACUACCAAGAUGCAGGCAAUCUCGAGCAGGCCGAACGCUGCUUCAUCAAAGCUGACGCUGCUCGCGAUGCUGUCGAAAUGUACACUCGUGCGAACAAAUGGGACGCAGCGUACCAAGUCGCACUCAACCACUUGGACAAGUACGAGACCGAACGGCUUUACGUGGAGCAGGCGCACCGGAUGGAGCGUGCUGGCAAGCUCAAGGAGGCGGAGAAGCUCUUCCUGACCGUGAAUGAGCCGGAUCUAGCGAUCAACAUGUACAAGAACCACAAGAACUACGAGCAAAUGAUUCGCCUUGUGACCAAGUAUCGCAAGGAUCUACUCAAGGAUACGAACCUGUACCUGGCCCAGCAGCUUGAGCACGAAGGUAACUACAAGGAGGCUGAGCACCACUUUGCUGAGGCUGGCGAGUGGCAGGCCGCAGUCAACAUGUACCGGUCCAACGACAUGUGGGAUGAGGCCAUCCGUGUUGCCAAGUUUCACGGCGGCAUCAAUGCUUCCAAGCGCGUGGCUUACGCUUGGGCAAUGGACCUGGGCGGUGAACAGGGCGCUAAACUGCUAACGCGUCUUGGGCUCAUUGAACCGGCAAUCGACUAUGCGAUUGAGAGUGGCGCCUUCGAACAUGCCUUUGAACUUGCACGCAAUUGUGCUACCAAGAAGCUGCCGGAGGUGCACCUCAAGCACGCGCUGUUCUUGGAGGAUGAAGAACGAUUCAAGGAGGCAGAAGAGGAGUUUAUCAAGGCAGGUAAGCCUCGUGAAGCUCUGGACAUGUACGUGCACCAACAAGACUGGCAAAAUGCCAUGCGCGUCGCAGAGAGUGCCGACCCAGCGUCUGUGGCGGAUGUCUUCAUUGCCCAAGCGCGACUCUGGAUUGAACGCAAGGAACACCAACGUGCUGAAGGGUUCUUCCUCAGCGCGGGCAAACCCGAGCUUGCUCUUGCUGCGUAUUUGGAAGCAGCAAUGUGGGCUGAUGCCGUGCGAAUUGCCAAGCGCCACCUUCCUCACAAGCUCAUGGAGGUGAACAUGGCUCACCAGCGCGCUAUCUUUUCUGGUGGACCGAAGAAGAAAGAGGAGCUUAUGGAGGCUUGCGAGAUGUGGGUGGCUUCUCAGCAGUAUGUGCAGGCAAUUGACGCGUAUCUGUCGAUCUCCGUGGACCAGAUCAGCGACCUUGGUGAGCUGGAAGAGCUGUGGGCGAAGGCCAUUGAGUUGUGUGCCAAGCACGACCCGAGCCGAUACAAGUCGAUCGUGGAGGAGGUGGCGUCACGCCUACUAGGCAUGUCUCGCUUCGAUUCCGCGGCUGAGCAUUUCCAGUCGAUCGACAAGAUGAACGAAGCGCUCGACUGCUACCUGCGCGUGAAUAACUGGGUCGCAGCGCAAAAGCUUUGCGAGCAGCAUGCACCUGAGUUGCUGCCUCGACUUGAGCGAGCACAGCAAGCGAGUGCCUUCGGGUCUGCUGCUCACCAACCAGCAGAGGCGAAAAUGGCAGGCAGCUCGUACACUCCUUCGGCUGAUGCCAAGGUGCAGUAUGCCUCCGAGAAGAAGGAGUCGAAGCUCAGUGCUGGAGGUGAAGGCGACGACUCUGGACGCGGAGCAAGCGCACUAGACGCGUGGAUGCAGCGCGGUGAAUGGGACAAAGUUCUGUCUUCAGCCGCUAAGCACGGGCCCGGAUCGCUGGCCAAGUACUUGGUCCUGCGCUGCUCGCGCCUGUGUGAGCACGACGAGAUGGGCACCGCCAUCAAGACCAUUGCCGACUAUGGCAUUCCGCUCGACUCGGACGCCCUGGACAUGACAGAGCGACUGGUGCAAAAGACACUCGGAUGCGGUCACGGGAUCGAGGAGAACCCUGAGCACCAGGCAGCACUGCCAGAACUGGUCAAGUGCCUACGCAAGCUCGUGAAGGAUCUGCGUGGCAACGGCAAGGAGUUCCCGAGCUCCAGAGUGCAGAAGAUGGAGCAGUGGCUACUGGUGGCGCACUUCUUCGCUAUCAAGCACCAAGCAGCGAACGUAGGACUAGACGACCUGGUUGCGAAGAUCAGUAUGUCCCUGCUGCGGUUCGUAGCCGUCCUGCCCGCCGAUAAGAUGUUUUAUCUGGCUGGGGCCGCCGCGCGGAAGAAGAAGUGGCUCAGCGCCGCCUUCGUGUACUUUAACCGCUAUCUCGAUCUGUGCGAGGCCAUCGACGACGGCGACGCCAGCAACCUGGACAACACCGACUUCAUCGGCACCGACAUCCCGUCGCCUCUGGACUUUGCGCUGCCCGAGACGCACUUCGUCGCCGAAGAGAGCGCGCGCGAGGAGAUCCGCGACUGGGUGCUGACGAUCUCGAUGGACCAGCAGGUGGCCGAGAAGCUGCCCGAGCGCGCGUGCCUGAACUGCAAAGCCAGCAUCUACGAGGCGGCGCUGCAGUGCCCCGAAUGCAAGACGGCGUCGGAAUCGUGCAUCAUCACGGGCUUUCCCGUGGCCGCCAAGACGACGGUCCACUGCGCCACGUGCAAGGUCAUCGCCGACCGCGAGACGUGGAACAAGUGGGUCAAGCAGUUCGGCAACUGCCCGUGGUGCUCGGCCCCGCAGAAGAUGAGCUACUGA